AUGCCAGAAGUAAGCACAGUUCAACCAAAUGGUAAACUAGGAACAGAUUUGGCUGUAGGACUAGGGGCUGGGGCAGGAAUUGUUCUAAUUUGUGUCAUGCUGGCAAUGUACAUUAUGAAAAGAAAGUUUUUUUCAGCAUCAGCACCUACCAAUGAAGAUAGCAGAGCAAUCUUAGAACCAUCAAUCUGUGAUUCAGAAACGUUUCCUCCUCCUCCUCCUCCACCACUAUCGUAUACAUACUAUGAACCCACAAAUGAAGAGCUGAGUCGUCGUGCAUAUGACAAUAAUAGAGCGGCCACUAGAGAUGAUACGCGAAGUGAAACUAUUGAAGGACAAUCAGCAAGUGUACAUAGUGAUGGUUACACUUGUCAGACAGACAUGCUGGAUUUCAACACUGAUGAAACCGUUGAUCCAGUAUGUUUAACUGGUGCAUCUUACGAUCAUGACCCACGAUGCCAUGCAGGUAACUUUGACACCGACAUGCAAGUUUAUAAUGAUACCUUAGAGUUUGAUCACCAGCAGCAAGUCUUCAGUGCGACCUUUGACCCGGUUUACUAUCCUCAAGUCUUUGAUGGUAACUUUGACUAUCAAGGAAACAAUGACAGAACAGGUAACAUGUGUUUAGAUGAUAACGUCACAUGUAAUAAUACAAAUGAAGAUAACAGUGGGGAGCGGCAUGACUCUGGUCUUGGUGCUGACAGUAUCAGUAUAGAUAUAUAA